AUGAGCGUGAUCCCAUUGAUCACAACUUGCCUCAAAGCAUUCGCUGCUUUUUGGUCGUUGAUCCUAUUUGCAGUAUCAGCUUCUUUCAUUGCUAAAUCAAAUUCCUACUUCGGUUCUGGACCAGUAAAUGAGUCUAAUUUCGCAGCUGGAAAUGCGUUAAUCGCAGGAGGUGUCAUAUUCAUAAUUUACCUUGGUGUAGCACUAUUCUUCAUUUUCCGUUCACCCGACAACAUGUUCAUCUCAGUCAUGAUAGACACCAUCAUGUUAGGCAUAUUCUUCAUCUACUUCCUCGGUGCUACAGCUGCUCUCUCCACCGAAGCCCGCUUCUUCGCCUACUGGGACGAGGUGGAUACUUGGGCUGCUCUCGGCAAUGCAGUACUUGGUCUAGGUUGGGUGAUGACUUUCCUCAUCCUGGCCAUACUCCUUCUCGAGGUGAUCUACACUCUCAAACAUUUCGGAAGAGAUUACCCAACAUGGCGAACACCUUUCAACCAACUUGUCGAAUAUGGUACACCAGGUUCAAGGACUGGAGCAACAACUCAACCUGGAGUAGCGAUGAAUAACGUUACUUCUCCUGCUUCUGCAACUCAGACUACUAAUACCUUUCCCGCUCAAUCCGGCGAUCAAGCUUAUCCAGCUCAAACCCCGCUUCAAGCCACCGGCAACACGCAUCAGACCGGUGAGCAUCAUAUUCUUCCUCAAACUUAUCCAAGUCAUCAACCUCAACAUGAUCAAAUUAACGAAAAAUUAUCUCCUUAUCAAGGUCCGCUCCAUCCUGGAUCAGCUGUUUGA